UAAAAUGUCUUUUGAUAAUCUUUCAUUAAAAUUAAAAAAAAUUCUGGUCGGUAAUGUCAUUCCGAAUUGAAUUGGUCUAUAUAACAUGGUAGAGGAGUCCUGUUUUCAUUGAUUCAAAUAAGUUUAUCUAACUUGAAAAAACCGGUGUUGGAAAUGUGAUGAACGAUGUGUUGUCUGAUCAGCUGUACAUUAUUUUACUUUUGUUGCUUUCUAUAUUGUGCAACAUGAGCUACAAAUGUGGUUGUAAACUCGAAACUUUAAUUUCUUUUGACAUCGAAAACACUCAACAAUUAUGAGACAACCUUUUGGUAAUCUAGUUCGUAGGUGCUUUUGCACUAGCUUGAAACCCUAUUUCAAUGAAAUAGCUCCAGCCAAACCAAGUUUCUUUGGCGAUGGUUGGGAUAAUAAAGGAUUGUUUGGGAUCGAGGAACUUGCAGAUGCUUCGGGUUUUAUGGAGUUUAGUGAAGGUGCUAAAGCUAAGUCUUACGAGCUGUUAUAUGAAGCCUUAAGUAAAAACAGGACUCGUAAAAUGGUUGAAAUAUUUGACGAGAUGUCCAAUAGUCUGUGUAAAGUUGCAGAUCUUGCUGAAUUUGUCCGCAUUGGUCAUCCAGAUCCAUUAUUUCGCAAAAAUGCUACUGAUGCUUCUAUCAAAAUCAGUCGAGAAGUGGAAAAACUUAAUGUACAUAGAGAAUUGUACGAUUGUUUGAAAAAGGUUGUUGAUAAUGGAGAUGUUGUGCCAACCACAGAUGUAGAUAAAGAAGUUGCUAGAUUGUUUUUACAUGAUUUUGAGCAGUCAGGAGUUCACUUGAAUGACCAAGAUCGUGACAAAGUGGUUCAACUGAAUGAUUUCAUCUUGCAUAUUGGAGGAUAUUUUGUCAGUCGAGUCUCUGAACCAACUCUAGUUCCUAAAGAAGAAGUCCCUAAAAAAUAUCAAGAUAAAUUUCCUGUUGACGGUUAUAACCUAUCUAUUCGUGGCCUUUUCACUAGCUCAUCAGACGAAGAUCUCAGAGAAAUUGCUUUUAAACUGUUCUACAAACCCGAUGAGCACCGAGAAAAACUUUUACUUCAAAUGCUAACCGCUCGAUUCGCUUUGGCAAAUUUGUGUGGUUUCCCUUCUUUUGGUGAAAGAGCCAUAAGAGGAGGAAUAUUUGAAUCAGUGGCCCAAGUUAAUUCUUUUCUAGAGACUCUUUCCGAUUCAUUGAAGCCAUUAGCAGCUAAUGACUAUAAUUUAAUGUUAUCAAUCAAAAAGAAACUAGAUCCUUCUGCAUCCGAAGUUAAACCUUGGGAUCCUCAAUACUUAAUUGAAAAUUUUAAAUACUCAAGAUUGAGUAGUGCUCUCCAGGAAACUUUAUCUUAUUUUUCACUUGGUGUUUGCAUGGAUGGCUUGAAUCACAUUUUUAAAUCUUUGUUCAACAUUCAUUUAGAGUACUGUGCUCCACGUGCAGGUGAAUUAUGGCAUCCUGAUGUGAUUAAAUUGAAUGUUUAUGAUGAACAUAAACAAGAACUGGGUUCAAUUUAUUGUGAUUUCUUUGAACGAGAUGGAAAGCCCCACCAAGAUUGUCAUUUCACUAUAAGAGGAGGAUGUCAAUUAUCCGAUGGAAAUUAUCAAAAUCCGAUUGUUGUUUUAGUUUUGAGCUUACCCAAAUCGAACUCCUUUAUACCUACACUUCUAUCACCGCACAUGGUUGACAAUUUAUUUCAUGAAAUGGGUCACGCCGUUCAUUCAAUUCUAGCUCGUACACCUUUUCAACACACAACCGGAACAAGGUGCUCAACUGAUUUAGCUGAAGUUCCUUCAAUUCUAAUGGAAUACUUUAUUCAAGAUCCUCGAGUUGUUUCUACUUUUGCAAAACACUACGCGAAUGAUCAACCUAUUCCUGAUAACCUUUUAUCAACAUGGAUCGCUUCAAAAAAGUUUUUUAAUGCAAGUGAAACGCAACUUCAACUUUUCUAUGCAGCUCUCGAUCAAGCGUACCACGGAAGAGAUCCAUUAUUGGGGUCGAAUUCAACAAAUGCACAAGCCAUGAAAGUGUGUGAAAAAUAUUACCAAUUUGGCUACUCACCUGAUAUUGCUUGGCAAUUGAGAUUUGGUCAUCUAGUCGGUUAUGGAGCCAAAUAUUAUUCUUAUUUAAUUUCAAGAUCAGUUUCUCGGUUAAUUUGGACCAAAUAUUUUUCAGCCGAUCCUUUUUCCAAAGAAGCUGGUCACAUCUACCAAACUCGUGUUCUAGCUCAUGGUGGUGGCAAACCAGCUGCUGAUAUAGUAGAAGAUAUUUUAGAGCAUCCCGUUGAUCCAAAUUAUUUAUCGCAAUCAAUUAUCGAUGAUAUAGUCGAAUGUAAUCAACGAUGUAAACAAUUUCUUUAAGAUUUAAUAGAUUGUUACGUUCAUAUGAGCUAUUUUUAGCUUUCCAAACAUUUUUACCGCAAUUGAUAAGUUUUGAAUUUGAAAUAAUAUUACCAAUAGAUUUAAAUUUGA